AUGACGUCCCUUCUAAACCAUCCUUCGUCUCAUGCUGAAGACGUAGGCUAUUCGUUCGCUGAACCACAAACAACCGCCGGACCCAAACAACAUCACGGCUUCUAUCCAUAUACCGACAACGGUGGUUCAACACUCGGCAUCGCAGGAAAAGACUACGCAAUCCUAGCAGGCGACACUCGCUCCGUCUCCGGCUACAAUAUCAAUACUCGCUACGCGCCCAAGCUGUUCAAAAUUGGCGAAGGAGAUGAAGGUGGAGAAGGUGCCCAUCUUGUCCUGUCCGUCGUAGGUUUUGCCGCGGACGGUCGCGCUCUGAAAGAACGCCUCGACGCCAUCGUGAAAAUGUACAAGUACAAGCACGGCAAGCCCAUGUCCGUGAACGCUUGUGCGCAACGCCUCGCUACCAUCCUCUACUCGAAACGCUUUUUCCCCUACUAUGUGCAUGCAAUCCUAGCUGGUAUGGACGAGGACGGCAAGGGUGCGUUGUACAGCUAUGAUCCCGUUGGCUCUUAUGAGAGGGAAUAUUGCAGGGCAGCCGGUGCAGCGGCGAGCUUGAUUAUGCCGUUCUUGGAUAAUCAGGUUAAUUUUAAGAAUCAAUAUCUUCCUGGAUCUGGGGAAGGGAAUGCCAUGGAUAAACAGCCCCGGCCAUCCGAGCCACCGCCAAGGGAUGUUGCGUUGCAGCUGGUCAAUGAUGCGUUUACUAGUGCAGUGGAGAGACACAUUGAGGUGGGCGAUGGGUUGCAGGUUAUGGUGAUUACGAGGGAGGGAAUACAGGAAAUUUACCACCCAUUAAAGAAGGAUUAG